GUGGGAUCCUCAGAGCAGAUCACCAUCUCCCUCUGAUACUCACACCACCUCUGCCCAACAUGGACGCAGCCACGACGUCCAAGCGGCCCAGGCUGGCCAAUGGCGAUGCUGAUGGGCACGGCAAGGACGCUUCCGCCCUGGCUACCACCCCGGCCACGCCUCGCAGGCGGCACCUCUUCACGCCCUACCUGGCCAUGGGCAUCAUCACCGAUCACGUCCCCUUUGUCGUGCAAGUACGGCACGGUGGCAAAGAUGCUGACAAGCCAGACGUCAACAUCGUCACAAGCUUGGGAGAUUCUUGGAGUAUCUGGACCGCCGAAUCACUCAUGCAAGUCUUCGUGGGAGCUCAAUUGCCCUCGUCGAUCACUCAGCUCGCCCUCUCCACCUCUCCGGAUUCCAUCUUAGCGUCUGCCGGGUCGACAAUCCAUCGCUUCACACGGGGCAAGGUGGUCGCUCGCUACAGCUGUUCUGAGGUCAACAUCCCCAUCUCUCACUUCAUCGUCUUCGGAGAUAGCAUCGUAGCUCUCAGUGGCUCCACGCUAUCUCACUUCUCGCUGUCCACCUCGCAGCUCACCAAUGCCAUCGAAUUACCUUCGGCAGAGAGGUCAGUACCUACAGCCAUCGUACACCCAACGACUUAUUUGCACAAGGUCCUCCUGGGCAUGUCCAAUGGUGAUCUCGCGCUGUGGAACAUCAGAGACAGCAGCUUGGUGCACCAUUUCUCAGCAUCCUCCCUCUUCGAAGCUCACGGCAUUACUAUUAACGCCCCGGAUCCGGUCUCAAUUAUCGCACUUGCCCAGACUCCCGCUCUAGAUGUCAUCGCAAUCACUACGUCCAAUAACUGUAUCCUUCUGCAUGACAUCAAGUACGACACAGCCAUCAUGACCUUUCGCCUCGAAGCACCUCUGUCGUCUACUCCUCCAACCUUCCGGACAGAUGGCCGGGCCCACACUAUGGCUCUUGGUUCUCGCUCCGGGGAUAUCUUCAUCUUCGACUUGGACCCAGCAGCGAGUGGAGCGCUGCAGAAGAAGGGUACUGAUGCAGCUGAGCCGGUCGCCAAUUCGCCACGUCUCACCCACACCAUCCGCAAUGCUCACGCAGCGCCUGUGUCGGGACUCGAGUUUGUGGCAGGUCAACCCCUCCUCAUCUCCUCGGCGGCAGACAACGCCAUCAAGCAGUGGUUCUUCGAGCCUGCCUCGUCCACUUCCGCUUACGACGGCGGAUCCGGGGGAGCCUCUACGUCUUCUGGCUCUGCUUCACUCCCGCGUCUCCUCAAGAGCAGGGAAGGCCACUCGGAACCGCCCUCCCUCGUGAGGUGGUAUGGAACAGAUGGUCGGGCUCCACUACUCACAGCAGGCCGCGACAGAUCAGUGCGCUUGGGCUGGGUUGGAAGGGAAGCUCGCGGCGGUGAGCUGUCGCAAGGCUCCAUUGUGCGCAAGGCAAAUCAGCUUUCUUUGCCGCCGACAAGUCUCAAGCUCGAGGCUGCUUCCUCUCUCAGCUUCUCCCUGACGAGGUCGAGAGACUGGGACGACAUUCUGACAGUCCACCCUUCAAGUCCUGCACGGAUGUGGUACGGCAGGGAUAGGCGAACGAAUGCCACGCCUCUCAUGCACCAGAAGAGCAGCAAGAAGAACAGCUCUUCGGGUAGCGUUGCGACUUCAGGAGUCGUCUCUCAUUGCGGCAACUUCGGCAUCGUGGGGAUGAGCAACGGAACAGUGGAGAUGUGGAAUAUGCAGAGUGGUCGCUACGUACGAAGCUUUGAUACUCGUCCGGUCAGCUACGUGCAAGAGGAGAGUGGGGUAGGGACUAAGAAGUUGAAGAAGCGGAGAGAGGUCAGAGGCAAAGGCAGCAAGGUCGUAGGUCUCACCGCAGACGAGGGCAAUAAAGAGCUGGCAGUAGUGACUUCUUCUGGUGGAGUCUAUUUCUUCGACUUCUACGGCACGACGUUGCUUUCAAGUCAUCAAUUCCCCUCCUUGGUGGGUCUGCGGACAUCUCCUCAAGCGACGCUCCUGGCGUUGAUCCCACUGGGUCUCUCACAGCCACUCCUCAUCCUCGACUUUGUCACACGGAGAGUGGUGCGUCGCUUUGGCCCGCUACCAGCAAGGGUCACAGACGUGACCUUCAGCCCCACUUUGCGGAGUCUCCUCAUAUCGACGAUGGACGGCUGUCUGUCGACAUUCGACAUGCCUAGUGGUCUGCUGAUUGACCGGAUGCGCUUAAGGGAGGUCAUUGUCAGUUUGGAUUGGAGUCCCGACGGAAGCAUGGUUGCUGGUUGCGGAACGGAUGGUAAAGGUGUCUACCUCUGGACAUGGUCUUCCGGACGGGGUAGAAUUGACGAAGACGAGGAGGGAGCCGCAGGUGCCGAGGACAUAGCUGAAGAAGAGGCGACUCUGCCCUCUGUGAGAGGUCCUACAGCCGGAGAUGACGACGAGGCACUCGAAGAAGCCGUCGGCUCCCUCGACUUGCAGGGUACACAUUAUACAGGCGAAGUCUCUGCGACACCUCUGUUGUCUGGCCCAGCAGAUGAAGCAGGCUCUCACCCACUCAUCACGACUACUUCCCAAUCGCGAACCAAGUGGGCCACACUGCUCAGUCUAGACCUCAUCAAAGCUCGAGAUCGACCAAAGGAGGCGCCCAAGAAGCCAAAGAAAGCUCCCUUCUUCCUGGGCGCUAGUGUAGCGCCUCCCUCGAGCGCCACGGGCACUGCUGCUGCUCCUAUCAAUGGGCACGGCAAAGCCCAAAGUAACGGUCGAGCUGCGCUCGAGUCUACUGGGCCUCGCGAGACGCUCUUGGAGUCCCUCACCCGACAAGAUCUCUCCCUCUCCGACUCCACUCCGACCGAGCGUCUCCUCCAUCAGGUCACAUCUGAAGGCGGCUCCGACCCAGAAGGGGACGCCCUCUUCUCUCACCUCCUCUCCCUCUCACCUCCUCAACUCGACUUGGUCCUCCGUUUGGAACUCGCCUCUGUGGAGAGUAUGACCCACUUCUUACUCGCGUGCGCAAAGAGACUUGCAGCGGGGAGGGAUUACGAGGCCAUUUUGGCGCUUGUUGAGAGUUUGCGAAGGUCAAGGGGCGAGGAGAUGGUGGAGGGACUCUUCCCUUCUGAAGAUGACGAGGAGGACGAAGCACAACAAGAGGACGGGGAACAAGAAGAAGCAGAGGGUGAAGUGGCGGAAAGGAGGCGACUGAAACUUGCUUGGACAGAGUACCUUCGUGCUCAGACGAGGGCAGGGGCGAGGUUAGGCGAUCUUCUCGACUACAAUGUCGGGACAUUGUCCUUCCUGCGAGGCGUACCCAUUGUUUGA